UAUGUUCCAGUUAUCAUCGUAAACGCCUGACAAUUUAUAAAUACAUCUAUUUACUUUACUUGCUACAGUAUACAGCGUUAUAUUUAUGUACAGAUCGGGAUAAAGUGCAAUCGAGAGUUCCAAGUGUUAUAAUUGUGAAAGCUUUGGCUUAUAACAUUAUCUAAUGAUGAUUGAAGUAUAACAUGAGUUCUGAAGGUGUCGUUAUGUAGGCGGCGAAGUGGCCGCGUGUGAAUGGGCCGGCUGAGGAUCGAUAGAGCGGAGUGCGCAGGUCCGCGCCAUCGCCUCUGUCUGCGAGCUGCGAGCAUCGAGCACCGAACACCGACGCCCCGGCCCGACCUGCGUCGCAAACAGAGACGACGACUGACACCAGUGAAACCUGCAUCCGAUAUGUUCCGGAAUAAUCGCUGUCUCUAAACGAUGUGAUGAGCCAGUCGUGGCGGCGGCAGGCCCUGUGGGCGCUGGCGGUGCUCAGCACGUUGGCGCCCCCCUCGAGAGCCGAUGGUAACAUAGGUUGCCUAUUCAGUGCUUCAUUAUGUAUCGACGGAGUGGAGUGGUGCUACGACGAUUUCGCUUUCGGCAAAUGCAUGUCAAUUUACGAAAGCGAACCGGAAGAUGGCUCCCUCUACAAAUAUGACAUGAGUUCCCAACAGCUGCAGUGGUUCGAAGGUGAGCUGCAGCGGCUGGCGUUGCGCGGCUACCGCUGGGAGCACGCCUACACGCAGUGCGUCUUGCAAGCCAUGCUGUACGCGCUCAGGCAUAAAGUAGAACCAACUGACGUCAACUCUAAGUUAUGUGAGCAUUUUGCCGACCCCAAAUUGAGUACUACGACUACCGAAACUGAAGAUGAUGAUACAGAAAUGGAACCCGAUGAAACUGCAUUUGUGCGUUUCAUGCCGAAUUCGGCGUUAAGCGAUUCAGAUUAUGCCAACGAGGUUUAUAACCCUCCCUUACCCGAUGAUGACCCGUCUCCCUACAUUAUUCCAAAAGUGCAAUCAGUAAUGGAAGGAGAAACCCCAAGCGAUAAAAUAAGAAAUCUAAUGUUAGUUAGCGGCCUAGAGGAGUCGCCUGUCCCUUUCGAAGGUUUUAGAGAACGACUUCAAGCAGAAAAGGAAGUUAAAGAACAAAAUGGAAAAUAUUUCAACGCUUUAGACAAAGAGAAAAAGUCACUCUCAGUCGCUAACAGAGAAUCUAACUCUGAGAAAUUUCCAGACGAAGAGCGUUUAGGUGCUCACUUCAGGAAAAUGAAAGUAAAACCUUAUCCCUACACGGCGGAAUAUCUUACGAGUAAUUAUUCUCCAUUAGAUGCUGAAGUGCAUUCGAAUGCUUUAGAGAAAUACAAGCAGAGUUUUGCUGAGAAGAAUUUCCCAUUUGAAUAUGAAAAUCCUGGCGAUAUUCAAGAAUCUAGGAUUUAUAUCGAUAAUGAUGACUUAGAUGACGCUGCGAUGGACGCGGGCAGCGGUAAAUAUGACCCUUAUAAUUUUAAAGAUACACCUGGCUUCGACGGUAAAAAGUCUAAAAACAUGGAAUAUGUUUUAAAUUAUUGGCACCGACUCAAAGAUCUUAAACCACAAGACGCUAUAUAUUCUGAAGGGGGCCCACUUAAAAUCGACGAUAUGGGAGGUGAAAGUUCCAAAUUUUAUUUAUCUGAAGAAUUACAAGAUUUGCUUAAUAGAGAAUGGGGCUUUAAACGUAGGGAAAGAGAUGAUGUAAAAAAGCCCGGGCCGCGUCUGGACGCAAAAACCCUAAAGUUAUUGUACCACAAUAAAUCGGUGACAGCUAAAGGAGUCCCAGGCCAGGUUUUAUCUCAAGCACUUCAUGAUCACAAUGAUUACGAUUAUGACCCAUCGUAUACAUAUGUUCUAUUUAAGAACAGGUUCUUAACAGACUGGGAAAAGGGUAUAGCGUUUAUUUCAAGACUAGAGGAAUUGCUUGGAUUGGAGAAGGACACAUUCACCAAUCCACGUGUCGAUCCAAGCGAAGUAACAUUUAAAGUAGAGAAAAACAGUAAAGGUUACGAUGCAGAGGAUGUUGCUAGACGCGUAGUUGACAUCAAAGAUGAAUUAAGACGUGAAACUGGCGCCCAAGUAUUGUCUACGGGCGUCGGUGACCGGGUAAUUUUGCUAUAUCUAGUUUUUAUAGGACUUUUUUUUAGGGAUUACUUCUAUUUAUUUUUUAUUUCACAGAGCAAAAGACCUGUAAUCAGUCAAACAGAAGAUACGGGAUCUCAAUACUUUGACUACGGGCUGCCAAUAUUACUGACAUUGAUCGGGAGUUGCACUGUAGUGGUUGUAGGUGCAGUAAUAUUCGCUGUAAUGCUGAAGAGAGACAUUGAUGCUAAGAAGAAAAUGGUCGGACUCUCUUCUGCGGCCGAUAUCGAUGCUGAAGCUACCAGAGAUUACCAGGAAUUAUGCCGUGCCCGCAUGUCGGGCAAGUGGUCAGGACAGCCACCCGCGGCGCCUCCGCACGCAGACGCCCCGCAGCGUAUCACAUCCCUGUCAAAAGAGCCUGAGGGAAAUUCGCCCUCCACACGAUCUAGUACCUCCUCCUGGAGCGAGGAGCCCGCGCUGACAAACAUGGACAUAUCGACCGGACACAUGGUCUUGGCAUACAUGGAAGAUCAUUUGCGCAACAAGGACCGUUUGGAGCAGGAGUGGCGGGCGCUUUGCGCUUACGAAGCGGAACCCAGCGCGACCGCGGCGGCGCUGCGUCCCGAAAACACCGGCAAGAACAGAUACCCCGAUGUCUUGCCUUACGACCAUUCUCGCGUAACCCUUAACACGCUGACCAACCACCUUGGAUCCGACUAUAUCAAUGCUUCUACUAUUACUGACCACGACCCGCGCAACCCGGCGUACAUCGCAGCGGCGGGCCCGCUGGCUCAUACCGCACCCGACUUCUGGCAACUCGUAUGGGAACAGGGAAGCGUCGUCAUGGUCAUGCUUACGCGGCUCACCGAAAACGGUCAACAGCUUUGCCACCGCUACUGGCCGGAAGAGGGCUCUGAACUAUACCACAUCUAUGAGGUACACCUGGUAAGCGAGCACAUCUGGUGCGAUGACUACUUAGUCCGCAGCUUCUACCUGAAGAACCAGCGCACCGGUGAAACCCGCACCGUCACCCAGUUCCACUUCCUCUCGUGGCCCGAAAACGGUGUGCCCGCCUCCACCAAGGCUUUGCUAGAAUUCAGGAGGAAGGUGAACAAGUCAUACCGCGGACGAUCUUGCCCUAUUGUCGUGCACUGCAGCGAUGGCGCUGGCCGCACGGGCACUUACUGCUUGAUCGACAUGGUGUUGAAUCGAAUGGCAAAAGGCGCCAAGGAAAUUGACAUCGCCGCCACCCUUGAGCACAUCCGCGACCAACGUCCCCGCACCGUCGCCACCAAGCAACAAUUCGAAUUUGUGCUCAUGGCUGUCGCCGAAGAGGUUCAUGCGAUCUUGAAAGCUCUACCGGCUCACCUGCAACAACUGCAGGAGAAGAAAGACAAGGAAAAAGAGAAGGAAAAGGAGAAAGAGAGAGACAAGGACGGUACCGAGAAACCCAACUGAACUAUGCACUGCUUACGCGAACACGAUUUGUUAACUAAGUUAUGUUAAUUCCAAUAUUAUUCAAUGUAUAAAUUUGAUCAAGUUGUUUCUAGGUUGAGAAUUUCAUCACUAUUAGCUGCUACUUUAUCUAAUAC